UGUCGGGUUGAUCAAGAAAAUGGAAUGCGAUUUUUGUCGUCACGUGAUUUGUUCGAACUGAUUCGUCGCCGCCUUGGCCCUCGAGUCACAUCGCUACCGUAGCCUCACGCACACACGCACCGCGCGCGCAUACUCUUACCGAUAGCCGAAUACCGAUUUAGUUUGCUACGUGUGCGCAUCUUAACAACGUACCCGGUUAGUCGGAACUCGGAAACGACUCCGCCGCCGUUGCUCAAAGCUGCAGUAUCACCGUCACUGUCGCAAUGGACUUCGAUAAACUCGUGAACUUGCUGGUUAACACGCUCAACCAUCCACAAAGGAGUGAUGCCGAGGAACAGCUUCAGCGUAUACAUAAAAUUGCUGGAUUUGGUCCAACCCUACUACAAAUUGUUGCUUCUAAUGAUAUGGAAAUGUCUACAAGACAAGCAGGUGCUAUAUAUCUGAAAAAUUUUAUAUACCAAAGUUGGGCAACUCGUGAGGAUGAACCAAAUAGAUUUACAAUUCAUGAACAAGAUCGAAUAUUAGUGAGAAAUUCGAUUUUAGAAGUUAUAGUUCAAGUACCUGAAUUAUUGCGGACACAGCUAACUGUUAGUUUGGUAACCAUGUUGAAACAUGAUUUUCCUGGACGUUGGACUGAUUUUGUUGAAAGGAUUGAUGCUUAUUUAAAAAGUGAUAAUUCAUCUUGUUGGAUGGGUGGUAUAAUCGGGUUUUCAGCUUUAAUAAGAGCUUUUGAAUAUCAUAAGGCAGAUAAAUCGCCUGUACAUGCUGCAGUCAAAGUAUUACUACCAUCUAUAUACAAUGUAAUGAUUCAUAUAGUUAGUAAUCACACUGCUGAAUCGGUUGAAUUGCAGAAAACUGUGAUUAAAAGUUAUUUCAAACUUAUUCAAUUCACAUUAAGUCCUGAUCUAAUGGAAAGAACUUCCUUUACUAAAUGGAUGGAAUUGUUAAGUAUUAUAGCUUGUAAUCCAAUACCAGAAGAAGUGAGUCGUUUAGAACAUGAUGUAGAUCAAUUACCUUGGUGGAAAAUUAAAAAAUGGGCAUUCCAUACUAUGUAUAGAAUUUUCGAGAGGUAUGGAAGUCCUGGCAGUGUUUCUCAAGAUUAUCAGCAAUUUGCUGUAUUUUUUGUUAAGACUUUUUCUACUGGAUUUAUAGAUAUAAUUUUAAGAGUCUUAGAUCAAUACCGAAACAAAAUCUACAUCCCUCCUAGAGUCAUGCAAAUGUGUUUGCACUAUUUGAACCAGUGUGUUAGUAUUGGACACACCUGGAAAAUGAUAAAACCACAUAUGGAUGCAAUUAUUCAAGAUGUAAUAUUUCCACUCAUGAGUCAUUCAAUUAAUGAUCAAGAAUUGUGGGAAAGUGAUCCUCAAGAAUAUAUUUCUCAGAAAUUUGAUAUUUUUGAGGAUUUAAUAUCUCCUGUAAUGGCUGGUCAAACGAUGUUACAUUCAGCAUGUAAAAAACGUAAAGACAUAUUACCUAAGGCAGUUCAAUUUAUUGUUGGUGUUAUAACUUCAGAUUCUGCUACUCCAUCUCAGAAAGAUGGUGCACUUCAUAUGCUUGGAUCAUUAGCUGAUGUCAUAUUCAAAAAAGAUUAUUACAAAGAUCAAGUAUGUGAUAUGCUAUAUCAACAUGUAUUUCCAGUUUUUCAAAGUCCACAUGGACAUUUAAGAGCAAGAGCUUCUUGGUUUAUACAACACAUUUGUGAAGUUAAAAUUAAUAAUGACACUAUUUGGGAGCAUUUAGCAACAUUUACUAGUAACGCUUUGUUAACUGAUAAAGAACUUCCAGUUAAAGUUCAAGCUGGAUUAGCAAUUCAAGCAUUAUUAAUAGCUGAAAACAAAGUUGAGCAACUUCUAGAGCCUAGGAUUAAAGAAAUUACACUUGAAUUAUUGAAAGUGCUGCAACAAACUGAGAAUGAUGAUAUUACUAGUGUAGUGCAAAAAGUUAUUGCAACCUAUUAUGAUACACUUGCUCCGAUUAUGUAUGAAAUUUGUCAGAAUUUGGCAAAAACCUUCCUUCAAGUUCUUCAGUCAGAAGAUAUGAAUGACAAAAAAGAAAUUACUGGUAUGAGUAUUUUAAGUUGUAUAGAAACCAUAUUGAGUGUGAAUGAUGAGCAACCACAAACUUUAGCAGCCCUUGAACCAAUUGUAUUGGAAGUUAUAGUCAAUAUUUUUAAUGCGCCUGAUUCUGGUAUUGAAUACUAUGAAGAAGCUUUAAAUUUAGUAAGUGACUUAACUAGCAUAGAAGUAUCAAAUAACAUGUGGGGUGUUUUAGAAAUAAUUUAUAGGGUUUUUCAAAAUGAUGGAAUUGAUUAUUUUGUGGAUAUGAUGCCUUGUCUUCACAACUAUGUUACUGUUGGAAUGGAGAGUUUAAUCUCAAAUGAAAAUUUAAUGUUAAUUAUAUUUAACAUGUGUAAAAUUGUUUUGUCAUCAGAAUCUGGCGAAGAAGCUGAAUGUCAUGCUGGAAAAUUAUUAGAGGUUAUAAUUUUGCAAUGUAAAGGACGAAUUGAUCAUUGUAUACCAUCCAUUGUUGAGUUAGUUUUGCAGCGACUUGUUAGAGAAAUUAAAUCAUCCGAAUUACGAGCUAUGUGUCUUCAAGUGAUUGUAGCUGCUAUUUAUUAUAAUCCACAUUUAUUAUUUGAAACGCUAGAUAAACUACAAAUGUCCAUGUCUACAAAUGAAUCUAUUUCUGUCCAUUUUAUUCGACAAUGGUUACAAGAUACAGAUUGCUUUUUUGGAAUUCAUGAUCGUAAGUUAUGUGUUAUGGGUUUGCUCACACUAAUGGCAUUAUCUCCAAAUCGACCUAUUGCUGUUAAUGAACAUGCUACUCAAAUUGUCCCUUCAAUGCUCAUGCUGUUUGAUGGACUUAACCGUGCAUAUUCAAAUAGAGAAAAUCAACAAGACGAUGAAACUACUGAUGAAGAAGAAAUAGAUACUGAUAAUGAACUCAAUUCCGAUGAAGAUGAAAUUGAUGAAACUUUAGCUUAUGCAAGUAAUAAGAGACAACCUUUAUAUAUCACAAAUAAUUCUGAAAAUGCUGAUGAGGACAGUGAUAGUGAUGAUGAUGAUGAUGAAUACGAACCACCUGAAGAGACAGUGCUUGAAGUAUAUACAACGCCACUAGAUGACCAUAAUAAUGUUGACGAAUCAAUUGAUGUAUACAUCUUAUUUAAAACUGUAUUGUUAAGCAUUCAACAAAACGAUCCAGCCUGGUACCUAGCACUCACUAACCAUUUAAAUAGUGAUCAACAGAAGUCUAUAAAUGAAUUGAUGGUCUUAGCAGAACAGCGUCGUGCUGAAGUUGAAAACAAAAAGAAAGAAAAACUAGCAGGUUUUAAAUUUGAUCAAGCUACUGUUCCAUCCACAUUUAGUUUUAGUAACACCAAUAAUUCACCAUUUGCUUUUGGACGGUAACUGGACAAUUAUAUUUUGACGAAUAAUAUUUGCUUUUACUAUUCAUUAUUAUUAUUGUAUGUUCAAACUAUAUACAAAAUCAUCUAAACCAAUUAAACAACAUGUUGUUAUCAUAAUUUUAAAUAUCAUUGUGUUGAAAUUAAUAUAUUAUUACCAACUUAUGCUUAAAA